AUGCAGUCAGACACUGCAAACAUGUUUAGCAGUCUUUCAUCUUCUGUUUCGCGAGUCCCACCUAAAGAAACCGAUUUUGCCCUGGCGGACACGCUGCAGAAACUGCCCGGCGAAAUCUAUGAGAGAAACAAAAUGUGCAGCAAUCAAGACUCAGAACCCUGGGAGAUUUGGGAUAGCAGCAAUGCAAUGGUUUCGAAGACAAGGCUGGAUCGCAGUGAGGAAGAGGGUGGCCUGGGUGAACCUCAGAAGAGCAGGACUGGACUCGAAGUAAACUUCUCUGGCGAUUAUUCAGAGCCACUGCAUCCAGUGCGAUUGUUGCCACACCUGGCGGCUUUCAGUGAGAGAAACCAGAGUAGGUCACAAGAUUGCAUUGCGGUGAACAACGAAAGUGUCAAGCAAUCGAGCCACACCGCUACAGAACUGAGCAAUCGCCAUGGCGCAACCUCCACAGUCAAUGCAAUCGGAUUGGGCCUCACCAACGACUCUUCGCUGGCAUCUCCUUAUCGUAGCGAAAACUUGACUGACAAAGUAUCUGACUGGCUUGAACAUGGAUUCUUGAAUCCUUCACCUCCUAUGGCUGACUUUUUGAGGUCGGACAGCAGGGGCACUGAUCGCGCCUUCCCCCCUAGGCCUGUUGCGUUAUCACUGUUUCCACCUAGAUCGCCAUUGACAGGAAAUCGCGAGUAUACACCAUCCAACAGCCCAUUUCUUCAGUCAGUCAGCCCAAUUUCGCCGUUGAACAAUGGGAGAGACGUCUAUGGCAACUACAUCCCUUCAAACACACGUGAUUACUUCAUUACACAGCUAUCGUCUUCUUCACCAAGUUCUCAGCCAACCAACAAGUACAAAGCUCCAUCUGUGAGCGAGAAGUCAUCAUCCAUCAGUCGGCUACAUGGUGGUCACUGGAACAAAUUGAAAUCGCUUUGGAAAGUAGCUGACACUGAAGUAUCUAACCCACGAACCGAUGCUUAUCCUCUGCAAUUCAUCCCCUACAAAGACGUCAUACCCCAUGACAUAUCCACAGUCACUUAUCCAGGACGGUCUAUCGAUCAAGCCCCGCCUAUUAUCCGUUCCCGGUUGCUUGCAAGUCAAUCUAAAACAGACUUGCAUGUGGUAGACAGUGUCAAAAACAGGCCAUCUACUACCUAUACUAGCGGAAGUAAUGCAAAAGACACCAACUCGCAAACGAGAACACAGCAAUUUGCCGACACAAACUGCACUCCAGUUUACAAUAGUCACUAUAAUCCCCUUGCAGGCAACGGCAAAAUCGCUCCCAGAGAUGAGAAGAGAUGGCACAAAGACAAUCUUCCACCACCACCUCGAUUUCUACUAGGGCCGCCUCCCAAAAGCGUUCAAACUCAACAUCGAAAUGCCAACUUGUCCCUGUAUGCAGGAAUGCAGAGUCGUGGGGUCAAAUCGCUUGUAUGUAAUAAGAAGGAGGACCGUAGGCCCAACAACCGACCUAGAAAUGAAUGUUCUAGUGCUUGUCGAAAAGGUGGAAGUGAUCGAGAGACUCGAUGUACAGAAAGGCAGCAGCGGCCAUCUGGAGAAACAGAAUAUGAGUGCGAGGAGAACCUCGUGUACCGAGAAGAAUCACACAAACAAAAACAUAAUCUGAUCACGGCCAGGUCUGAAGACGGUACCACCAAGGCAACGACAGUACGAGAUUUGGAUAGCCGCUUCAAGUUAGAGCCCAUCAUAGACUCAAGUCUACAAUCUCCCAAGAUUCUAGCUGUAUCAUCACGAUACUUGCCUUGUCAUAGCCCCAUUCAUGCUUCUCCUCAACACCCGAAUGAACAGAUGCGCCACCCGGGAACAGUUGGCCCUUCCGCUGCUAUCACAUCACCAAAACCUGCCGCGUCGGCCACUAUCCAAAAACAUCAAACCUCGCUUCGUUCUGUGCUUUUGAAAGCAGGAAAACUGUCACGCUCUGUCUUGGUUUCACCUUUUGAAACUGGAUCCAAAUCUGAUUCACAGUACCAUCGAUUAGUAGACCUAGACAAUAAUGAGCCGACAAAGAUUAGUAUGAGUGCAGAUAGUAAUGGGUGGCCCCGGUCAUAUUCUUCAAAGUCAGGAAAAGAGAGAACAGGAUGUAGAAGGGAGAGAGAGAAUGGAAUGAGAAAAAUUGAAGGCCUAAAUCCCGAGAGAUACCUUGAAACGAAAAACUCUGGAAGGAAUGAGUACUUCAGCGCGCCAGCGGUAAGCAAUGAUACUGGUAGAUCUCAAUCAUCUAUCGUUACAAAGCGGCGGAAUAAACCUAAUCCCGGAAUUGAAAUUGCCUCAAUCUCCAACCCGACCGAUACGCCGGAUCGAUUCCAAGCAGGCCUUGCUACGCGGAAUAAUGUCGACGGUACUGUGUGUUCUAAUCAAACGACUCAAGAAUGGCUUGAUAGCAUCGUUCCCAGAACCAGUAUUACAACACAACCCACUCUAAACAGAGGAAGCAACUCCAAUGAUGAAAUCGAUCGCCCAUCUCACUAUAUACUACCCAGACCCAGCACUGAAGCCAAUAGCUUAGCAGUUCACUACCAAGCCCUUACCACCGCCGCCCUCAACCCUUUGUCCACCCCGGCAUUCUCUAUCCAAAACAAUCACGAAAGUCUCGACAGCGCCACACAAGAAGCUCUUCUUGUUGCUGACCGUAUCCGUCAAUACGAUGCAAGAUCUAGCGCUAACAGAGCGGGAACUAUGAUCCGUUCGAGUUUCAGCUCUGAUUCUUCCGACGGGAUUACACAUCAAGAGGAAGAGGGAGAAGAAGAGAAGCGGAAGCGGAAAAAGCGGAGUUUAUGGCGAAGGCAGGAUUUUGCUAGGGUCAUGGCGCUGAUGCAUUCGUAUGAGUAG